CACCCACACCCAAACCCACACCCACACCCACACCCACACCCACACCCAUAUCCACACCACGCCCACAUCCAAUGAAUAGUUUAUGGCAGACACAAGUGUUGAACCAGUCCAUGCAGAAUAAAAUGAACACAGCAACACUUUUCACAUUUUAACUAAUGCGAUAAGGUUGAACGGGAACUUGGAUAUGGUUUUGAGUGCCAGUUAAAUUUUGUUCCUCCCUUCGUAUCACUUUCCACGCAUAUACUAUAAUAUUGCCACUGACACCCUCAAGCAUCAGUAACUACUAGCUGAGCUACAAUUCUGCUCCUGUACCCACACAAUUGAAAUGCGGAAAAUAAAUAUCAUUUACGAAAACAAUCGAGUGUCGUCAUGAAAAAGGCCAGAGCCGUCAUUUGAACUCGAAACAGGCCUAGUAAAAUAUGUUGAAAGCCGAAAUAAACGACAACUGCUUACCAUUAAUUGAAGAAAAAAAAGUGCACAUGUGCAAUAAAAUAAUUCAAACGAGUCGUAAGAAAUAAACUGAUCAGAAAGUGUUGCUUUUCUGCAGUAAUUCUUCUUUCUGUAAGCGAAAUUCUGCACGUUAGACACUUAUUACACCAUACGGCAAGGUAACUGCAUGUAAGACAAACAUGGCAAACUUAUUAUGAGUGAUCUGACAAUUUUUUUCAUACUAUUUCGUCGUAGGAGUUCUUUUGAAAAAUAACCACUACGUCACUUGCUCGAAGUGAAUCAUUGAAAAGAAGUCUCUAAAUUAACAAACCCCGUAUAGUUUUCAAUAGAAUGACUCAAUCGUAUGUUUCGAUUUCUGCAUCACAGAAAUAAUUGACUCGAAACAUUUCUAUUCGAUAAAAAAAACACAAUACAUGAUUUUUUUGUCGUUGUAAGACGAAUUUUCUAUAAUACUUUCGAUAGGAGAUUAAAACACCAAGCAUGGAACAACAACCAGCAAUUUAUACUAUUCAAGAAAGUGUACUAAACCAUUCUCGUGGACACCACGACCGUUUGGGUGAUCCGGAACCAGCAACGAAGCAGAUACAUGAUGAAAACGAACUAAAGCAAUACGAAUACAAUGUUGACAAUCAGAGAAGUAACCAAUACCGAAUCACUCAACAACCUGCGAGUUCAUAUAAUCCGGACUAUUACAAUUCAACAGCAUUUAACCCAAAUACAAGAACAAAACAGAAGAAGUCUAAAAGACGUUGCUGUAAAAGACGUUGCUGUAAAAGACGUUGCUGUAAAAGAACAACGCGGUCACAAUAUGACAACUAUGACAGUAACAGUUGUAUUUGCUGUUGUUGCUGUUAUAAUUCUUCAGACUACAAUGUUUCUCAUGAUAAUAAUAAUAGUGGCUGCUGUGAUGGUUGCUGUGACUGUGACGACUGUUGCAGCUGUGAUGGCUGUUGCGACUGUGACAAUUGUUGCAACUGUGGCGACUGUGGUGGUUGUGACAACUGUUGUAGUUGUGAUGAUGGUUGUGACAAUUGCGAUCCAAGUAUUCUUUGUAUAUGUUGCGGUCUUUGUUUCGCUGCUUGUGCCUCUAAUGACUGA